GACUUUGACCGUUACGCACGUUUAACCGCCGUGUUCGCCGCGCUCAUUAAUCGCUCGCAACAGACCGCGCGCGUUCGAUCCGUCGGUCGAUCAAUCGAUCGCCAGACACCGCGCCCGCCAGUACACCGUAUUUAUAACGCGCGUACACACUCUGUUGCCGGCGCGCCCGUGAAAAUGGCUUCGCGGAUACCGUCCAAAGAACCGACGCUGGCCACCACAAUCGUCGCCUGUCUGGUGGGCACCAUGGCCUGGAUCCUGAUCGCCUCCAUUUACGUGGGCGCCGAGGCCGGCCAGCCGCAGUUCGCCCUGAGCGUUUUCGCGGCCGUUGCCGUGUGCACGGUCGGUCUCGCGGGCCUGGUGUACGCGGCCCACCAACAGUUCGUGGCCAAGGAGAACCUGUUCUCCGACCGCCGCGACGCGUUCGACUACCGGACGGCGGGCCAAUGGGCAGGUACAGUAUUAUUAAUAAGUUUCGCUAACCCUAUUUAUAAUGUAACAUGAGUACCGUGUAAGUGCAUAUAGUAAUAAUAAGUCGUGGGUCGAAAUGCGUUAAAAAAAAAACAAAAAAAAAAACGAAUUAUAGCGAUCGAAAAGGAUUAAAAAUAUAUGUACGUAUAAUUGUGGGCGUGGCGAUGUGGAGAACAGAGGAAAAUGAAACGCGGAGUACAAGUUAUCGGAAUACGCACAAUGGCGCGUUAGAUUUUCGAAAAUAAUUCAAAGCUGUCGUCCGUGUAGAAUGCACCGGAAACGCCGAGGAAUAGUUCGACGUAUUGAUUACGGUUCGAGGCGGGGAGGGGGGGANNGGGGGGGGGGGGGGGGGGGGGGGGGGGGGGGGGGUUCCCGUACGGGGUCCGGUUUUAAAAUUACCGAUUCCCGCGUACACUAGAGUCGAGUCCGGUAGAGAGGAGACGGUUUUACGAUUUUCCGGUCGCCACGGACCCUCCCGUUUCGAAAACUCCCGGGCCCGUCACCGAACUCGCACGCGUGCCAGACCAUUAAAACGCUCUCGACGGUAGGAACAGCCGUCCGUGACCAUGGACCGCCGCGAAUAAAUCGGUCGUCAACGUUCUACGGACACGGCGAUAGACACUAUUCCGAUCGGAAAAUAAUAACCGACGGCCGCCCGAUACGACAAAAACGCAAAGGCGGAAGACGGCGUAUCGCCGUGAACGAGACACGAGAAAAAAAAAUCGUAUCGGAGUCUCCCGGUAGUACAGGCGCCGUAUAACGCGACACACCGCGGUCUAUACGGGCACGAUGACCAACAGUCGUCGAUUCCGCAAGGUCGGGAAACGAUUUUUUUUUUUUUUUUGCUUUACCUCGGUUGGGUUAAACAUAAUUGUCUUCUUUUAAAUUCUGAGAAGAACGUAUCGGUAUUACAAAGAUGUUUAUUGAUUUUAUUUUACGCGAACGCUUUCACUACCCUGUUCGGAGAGGAAAUUCCCUCGGGAUGGUACUUUAGGGAGGUAAUUUAUCGAUUUUCUCGGGAGUUUUCCGAUCAAACGUGAAAAACCGAAAAACAAGUAGUGGGCUAACCUAGCACACACCCCGAAAUGUCUUCUUUCGCCACAUUUUUUUUUUUUUUUUUUGUAAAUCAAGUUUUACGCUCAACAACAUAAUAGCGUCGUAUACCGCAGCUCAAAAUAAAAUGUAAUUUCAUCAACGACCGUUUAUUCGGCAAUGAUUAUAGUCAUUUAGUACUGUGCUUAAUAAUAAUACGAUGUGCUACCCCCUAUCUAGGAAACCGUUACAAACAAAACCCCUACCGAAAGAAAAAUCCCGCGUGCGCCACUGCAGUGUACCUGUAUAACAUCGUUCGAAAUGCAUUCCUAACCCGUGCGCAGUCUUAUUCGUCGACAAAUUCGUAAUCUGUUCGCGGUUAUAGAAUCCGUUGACGAGAUAUUCCACUAUUGAGUUUGGGUCGGGGGAGAGCGGCGUUGCAUUAUUAACACGCCGCGCGCCGUACGGCCACACGAAUGAUAUUCGACUUAAUACUCUCCUCCGACGAAAACUCAAAAGUGGAAUAUCUCGUCAAUGUGGAAUAUGCAUCUUGAUCCUCGUAACUCGGCCGAAAUAUACGCAUUUCGACAUUAUAGAUUACUCGUUUUCUUUUUUUUGUAUUUUCAAGUCGAUGAAUGGGUGGGGGGAUAUAACCUCUAACCGCCCCUGCGCACGCCACUGCCCGAAGUCGACGGUCGGCGCGCGUGAUUUACGGUAGAAAAAUCCCACGGAACCAAUUGACGUUAAUUAACAAAUAACGCGCGUCACGUCACCGUUUCGCAGUAAAUUCUAUGCGCACAGUUUUCAUAAUUUUAAUCUUCGGAGAGGUAAAAAGAAAUUAAAAAUAAAAAACCGAAAAUCCUCGGGUGACGAUUAACGUCGGUUGUCGUAAGGUUGACGCUCCUCGUCAUCGCCGCGGAAUAAUAUUACCGGAUAAUAUUUAUUUAUUUAUUUUUUUUUUUUUUUUUUGCUAUAAAUUAUGUCACGCGUAAAACGAAAGGCCGCGAAAUGGAUUAACGCAAUUAACGCAGUAAACGGAUAAACCUAUAAAAAGAAAAAAAUGUAAUCAACGACCGUUUGGUUACGCGGCGACUUUUACGAGCGUUGUAAAACCGUCGUCUCGCACAGACACCGCCGUUAAUCGCGGCGGCGUUAAGUAUACGCGAUAAUUAUAUUUUUUUAUUAAAUUCCCAAGACGAAAUCCUCAGAUUUGUCGACGUUUCCGGUCGGGUCCUCACCGGAACGAUAACGUCUUCAGCCGCCGCGCCGCGGCUGUAAUAAACCCGUACGCAACGACUCUACACCGGUGUUUCUCGACCCGGGAUGCGCGGCCCCUUUGAUGGGCGGCCGAUUAAUUAUUUACGGACACCGAAAAUACAAAAUAUCGGACCGCCGUAGGGAAAAAACACACAUCCCGGGUGAUCCGUGUAAGUGGGUACACUCGUUUUUACCUCGGAAAGUGUUAACUUUUUUGGGAAUCGGUUUUCUAGAACAUUGAAGAAACAAGCUGCUCCAGAAUAUUCAUAUUUCUGUUGUUUUUUGUCGUCCUAAAUGUCGAGGGUAAAAGCACUACUUACUUUUGAUUCUCAAACGGCAACCUAUAUUUAAAAGUCCAUAAAUAGACGGAGUAGUAGUUAAAAUAAAUUUUAGUGUCGAAAUUUUUGAUCCCCGUCAAUCCGUUUACGAGAUAUUCCACUUUUAAGUUUGGAUUUUAGAAGAGUAGUGGUGUAUUAUUAACACCACACUCCAACCCAUACUUAAAAGUGUUAUAUCUCGUAAACGAAUUGAUGGGGAUCAAAAAUUUCGACACUAAAAUUUAUUUUAACUAAUACUCAAUCUAUUUAUGGAAUUUUUUACUAUAGAUUUGAGAAUCAAAAGUAGGUAAUGGUUUUGACCUUAAAAGUAAGGGUGAAAAACAAUAACAUAAAUUUAAAAUUGUAGAGCAGCUUGUUUCUUAAAUUUUCUAUAGAAAUCAAAUUCCGGAAAAGGUUAAUAAUUUCCGAGAUAACGAGUGUACCCACUUAAAGGGAUCGCCUGGUUUAGGGGUAGUUAAAAAAUCGAAUAUUCAUUGUUCUCGCAACAGUAAAAAGUUGGAGAAACACUGAUCUAAACGACACCGCACUUCGCUCCCUUGAAGCAAAUCGAAAUAUUAUUUCUUCCCUCCUUUGAGGAAUCUCUACGGGCACCUUGACUUGCAGCUCGCGCGAUGAUGAUUUUUUUCAGAUUUCCCUCCCCUACACCACCGUCACACGCUAAGUUCUAUCCCCUGUUAACGACUACUAUCCCUUCUUUCCCCCGUAUAUAAUAUGGAUCGCGCUGUCGUUAGUUACAAAAAAAAAACGAUUCUGAGCUGAGUUUAGUUUUACGUGUUUUGAAAGGCCAUAAUAUUUACGAUUCGGAAAUAAUAUACAUUUCGUAAAUUCUCCCAUUAUUUCCGUUUAUUAUUAAAACCCCUGAGAAAAUCAAAAAUUAACUAAAAUUUCGUUCCAUUCAGAAUCUGAAAGUAAAUGAUUCACUGAAAAUUUCAGGUCACUAUAGGAUUACUUUUAAUUGAAUUACAAAAUAAAAAUUUCGAAAAUAUGGCAUUUUCCCGUUUUUUCCCAAUUAUACUGAGAAAAAUACAAUGAAAGUGAAAAAUGAUUUUCUCGACAUUUCAACUGUAGACGCGAUUCGUUAAUUGUCGCAUUAGCAAGAUUUCCACUAGAAAAAUUGCAAAAAGGCACCAAAAAAAAAACACUCGUGAGCACCAGAGCUACAGACUAUAGAUAGAAUCCAAUUUCCUCCUACUCCUCCUCUCCCGUCUAUUUUGUAGAAUAGAAUUAUUAUACUUUGCGAAAUUAUAAAUAACGGUCGAUACUAUAAUAACACGACCCCUAUAUUGCUGUAGGUACUACAAUAUUUAUAAUAUUAUACUACUUUCGGAAAAAAAAAAAAAAAAAAACAACUAUGAAAUGCUAUCAUUAGAAUGUUAUGAGGGCGACUGAAAGUUGAAACAUCCUCUACACUGACACCGUGCAUAUUAUACAAAAUGGCAUACGUUUAACGAGUCCUCGGGGGCCGAGCUCAAAACUAAAAAUCACCCUCCACGCCGGAAAACAACACGGUUAAAUUCUCAUAUAUUGAAAUUCAAUCAGACUUUUAUCACUUCGAUUCGCCUGCACCAAACAAAUCUCAUUACCGAGUUUGAAGUAAUUUGGUCUACUGCAGAGGGAGCCGCUAUAAAUAGUGGCGCGCAAAAAUAACGGGGCAUAACCGGGAAUAGAUUUCGGGGAAAAUUCGACAAAAAAAGUCGCAUAGUAAAGCCAAUAAAUUUAUCGCAGUACGUUCGCAGAAUCUAAAAAGUACUCAUCGUCGGAUAAAAUCUAAUUUGAAAAAAGUACUAAAAAAAAAAACCUUAUAUAUACUGUUCUGUUCAGAUUAAUAUAAAAAUAUAAUAAACGCCUUUACGCCUAAAGGUGUGGGUACACAUUGUCGUAUAAAGGCCGAAAAUUGUUUGCUAUAAAGUAUGAACACGGAUUUAACGAUGUUUACGGUACGCGUACAUAAUAUUAAAUUUUGUUUAUUUUUUGUUCGGCACGUUUUGUAACUUAUUUUUGUUUUAUUAUUUCAUCCGAGGUAACCCGUAAAUCCACGAAAAUAAUUAGAUUUCCGCACUAAAAACCAAUAACCCUGUGUCAGCCCUCGGCAACAUUUGGGGGCUGAAUUCGGGGGAAAGUGAUCCGUUCCCAAUAUGUUAUUCCCGAUCCAUAAUCGCAUAUGUUAAGCAAAGUUUCAGCUCGAUCCGUACGGUAGUGUUGGCGUAACAAACCGUCCGCCAAAGUCGACAAAACAUAAAUCGCAUCGUAACAUAUUCGCCAUGCGAAGUGAAACAGUGGCGUGCAUGUUGGUCUCGAUUUCUGGUGUUGCAGUGAAUUAUCUGAUUUCCCCGACCCGCCGAUACUCCAACUCGUUCGGUAUAUCCUCGCCGAAUAAAUAAUGUCCACCCAUGGCAAAUUUUUUUUUUUAAUCAAAAAUCACUUUAGCAGUUAUUAAAUGUUAAGUACGCGGGGUGAACGUAACAGUGGACAAUAAACGCUUAUUACCCUGUAAUAAAGGCGUAGCCAGAAGGAGGUUGAGGAGGCUACAGUCCCCCUCAUUUACUGUGUUUGUUUUAGUCUACAGCUGUUAAUACUUGAUAACCGAAUUAUCAUAACGUUAUAAAACAAAUCGAUAAAUUUAAAUAACCAUUAUAAAAUGUUGAUCUUAUGUAAUUAACACCGUUAUCAGUGAUCAUUAUUAAAAAUGUAAUCGUAAAAAAACAUUGUUAACAAGCGACCGGUGCCGCGUCCCUGAAAUGAAGCAAUAUCGGUUUUUCAAUAAUGUUUAUUAUCUUUUUCCUGUGCACAACUGUUCCAGUAGAAAUGUUGCUCCGAUUGUCAGGUGUAGCGCUUUUUCUGAAAGGAUCGAGGUGGUACUUUAGCGAGGUAAUUUUUCGAUUUUCCCGGGGUAUUGCAUAGCAAAUGGGAAAAAAGUAGAAAAAACGGAAACAUUUACGGAAUGUAUUAUUUUCAAACCGUUAAUAUUACGGCCUUUCGAAACACGUGUAUCACCGAAUCCCGUUCAGAAUCGGUUUCCGUUCGAUCGUCGCGUACAGAUGUACGUACAAAAUUCUCCUCGGUACCCUUUCCAACUUCUCACCAACAAACAGUGGCCCGCCCAUCGAGCAAAGUAUGUCCGUUUGUUUUUUGUACACGUCACGCGCGGUCAUCCGACGAUUGGCCAAACAGAUUCACUGUCGAGUGAGGGGGGGGGGGAGGGGGCCUCGUUUUUAUCGCCGUAAACCGACGAGACGGCAGUGUUGCGAAAUACAAUUAUUAUUAUUUUUCUUCUCUCUUUGUAAUAAAAACUUUAAAAAGCGUAUUCAUUAUAAUAUGCGCAACAAUAUUUAUUUAUCGCCUUCGGAAACGAACCGUCGGAAUAUAAUAUCCAAGGAAAACAUAAUUUUUAAUCGUAAUUUAUUAUUAUUGUUAUUAUUUUAAUGUUUUUUUUAUUAAACGUUAUCGCGAUAACGCCGCGUUUUAAUUAAACUCGCAGCCAGCGACUGUAAUUACUUUUUCUUAUCGACUGCGCCGGGAAACCGUUAUUCAUAUCGAUGUUCCGUAUUAUAUUUCUCUUCCAACAAUAAUUUUAUGCUAAAACGGUGCGCAUUAUGUAUUAUAAUUGUGUACACAGUAUUUAUGGCGGGUGUUCUGGCCGUCAGUCGUACGGUAAUAUUGUCGGGAGAGUUAACAAACUAAUCGUUUUCCAUAAAUUUCGCAAACUUUUCGGGAGGGCCGAACGCGUUAAAUUAUAUUUUAAUCGAAAUCUAAGAAAACCCGUCUACUAUCGUAAUGUUAUUGUGCGUCGACGCGAAAAAAUAUUAUUGCGAAAUAAUUCACCGAGCCCCCUCCCCUCCCGCCCGCGAGUUUAUCCGACGGGACACGCGAUCAAAUACGUUUAGUAGGUGCACGUAAUGUCAUUACGGGCCAGGUCGGAGGCGCGGAUUAACGUGAAUAGUAAUUGAUUUACUAUCGAUAGAGUUUAGUCAAUUGAUAACAGAUUCAACGCGGCAAAAGACCGUGUCGUAUCAAUUAUGACGUCAAUUAUUACAAAAGAAAAAAAAAACGUAAAACGUAAAACGGGAAAAUGCGAUUUCAAAUCGAUGUUUAUUCCGCGUGAUUUUCUUGACGAAUGCGAAAUUCACACGAUAUUGUACUGGCAGACUUACAAUGUAUUCGUGGUUGAAUUUUUUUUGUCAACGACCUACCAAGAUAGGGUACCUCUGCCUAUAGACCGGAAGAAAAAUCAUCGGGGAAAAUUCCUGGUCACGGGUGUCGAUUCCGUUCUAAACACUGUUAUUAAAUUUCAUAAAAUGAAAUAAAAUUUGUUUCGAGUCCGCAAAAUAUUCCAAUGUUUCACGAUAUCGCGCGCGACGACCACCGUUGUUUUACGGGGUCGCGUAUAGGCAAAUCGACCGGCUCAAAAAAUAUUCGGAUUCGCUUAAAACGGAAUUUUAAAAAUGUUCCCUGUUCACUCUGUUUAGUAGGCAUCGGAAUUAUUUAUUGUGUGACCGUGACGUUUGUACUCGCGCGAACCAAACGAAAAUCUAACCCUACAAAGCGAUUUUAAAAGUUUUACUCGUCACCCGUGAAAAUGUCUGCAACAUUUUCAUCCGUAGCGUUAAAGAUUUUAAAAAAGAUAUUUUUUUACAAUUAAUAGUAAACAAAAAAAAAAAGAAAACCGGUAACGACUUUGUUUUACGGAGUUACACCACAUGUAGUUUAGCGUAAUGAUCUGCCGACGAAUUCGGCGGAAAAGAAUAUAAAAGAAUAUUGCGUUAGAUUGGUUACUAUAAUACGAAUGGAAAUUUUAAUAUUAUAUUACAAUACCUUAAAACGUAUUUUUUUUUUUUUUUUUUUUUUUUUUUUACCCACGACACAACAUUAACAAUAGUGUUUGGCUGUUGAUAAAAACGAACGCCACACCGAAUUUUCGUCUCCAACCCGGCUCUCGGUGUUAAUGUCCUAUGACGUACGUACAUUACACCAUGGUAGUGUACGUAAACACAUCAUUACAACAUGUUCGUACGCGUGUUAACAUUUGCAUCAUAUUGUGACGACGCGGAAUAUUAAUUCACACGAAAUUGUUUCAGUUGUCACCGGCGCCACUGACGGAAUCGGCAAGGCCUAUGCCCGGCAGGUCAGUAACGGCGACAGCAGCACUACCGGCGGUCAACACCGUCACGGCGAUUAACGUUUCUGUUAUCACGCCAAACACUAACACAGCAUAAUAUGCGUAUAGUUACGGUUGUACACAACAGCAGUGAUUACGCAUAAAACAUUACAAUAUAAUAUAAUACAAUCGUAGUUUAUACACACACACACACACAUAUAUAUAUAUAUAUAUACAUAUAAGUAAAAUAACAUUAACCUCGAUAGUAUAUUAUCUAUGCACGUAGAGGCGGCGGCGGUUUGUUAAUCACAAAUAUAAUACGGUAGUAUAAUAAUAUUAGCGAUAACGGUUGAGGGAAAAAAAAAAAAAAUGAAAAAAUUACACUAUAGUUAAUGAUUUCGUUUAAUGAGCAGUACGCGAUUCUCGUCUUACACGCGCGGCGUGGAAAAAACAAAAAAAAUCCAUCGAAUAAAUUUACAGUCGUUGAGUCGUGUGCGUCUCGAUAUCAGCGCUAGUCGCAAAUAGUACGAAACAAUGUUACAGGCGGGCGGAUUGGAAAUGAUUCCGCGGCGGUCGCUUUUUACACGGUGUACGUUCGAAUGUAGUAUAAAUCGUUUUCAAAAGUGAACGGGGAAAAAAGAAACUAUAGGUGUGCUAAUCGGGACGCGAAAAAUUAAAAUUUACAAAAAAAAAAAAAAAUAAAUGAACGACAGCCAUUUCCUUGGUACUUGCACGGGACCGGCGAUGCGACACGUACUGUCGUCCUUUCGGGCGCACGAAUCCAAACUGAAGCGGUUUUUCGAAAUUCGCAUUCAAACGGCAAUAAUUUCCGCGGAAAUAACUGACAUCGGACCUAAAUUGGUCUGAACAUUAACGAUUCGUCGGAGGGGGGCAGGGAACCCGAUCCGCAAUAAUGUACCGCGCCGAUUUCGGUCGAGGAAAAAGGGGAUGAUCGUCGCGAAAACAACACGCCUCAUGGGAAUAACAUCUUUGUAGAGGAUUCGAAAUCAACCGUAUUGAUAAUAAUAAACUAUUAGAAUAUUUCAAAAAAAAAAACACCCGUAAAAAACGAAAAAACGCAUACAGAACGGCGGCUUUGCACGGUGUAUUGUCUGUCGGUAAGUUUUCCGGGAGUCGGACCGCAGUCUCUCCCGGUUAGAAUGAAUCGAUUUGGAACGUGAUUUCGGCUCGGGCGAGCGGUAAUUUUUCAAAAAUCAAUAAAACUACAAUGAUAUAUUACGUAUAUGAACUUUCGGUUAGUUUCGAAAAAACUCAAAGACAUUGCAUUUCCAUUGUAUCAAAUAUUAGUCGAGUUGCUUCACUUCCGAGACUUUAGGGACACGUUUACAAUCGUCAACCGCUAUGUAUUUAUUUUUCGUCGCUAUCAAAUUUUAAUUUCGGAAAAUUCAAUCCCGAUACUGUUUUCGGAAUAUAUCUCGACCGACACCCGUUUUUCGUUUGCAGCCAACAAACACUCGACAACGGGACGGUUUAUCUAUAAAAAAAAAUCUUUAAACUGAAACGUUCGAUUUCCAUUAUAGCACAAUGCGAACAAAAACAGUAAUACAUUGGCCGAGAGUGUCCCGUUAGAAGAAUGUCAUGUCUCACACCCGCGGCAGUGUAUACAUUUUCCGAUGACCGCCUUCGGAAAAAUAUUUCAAUAAUGAAGCACGCCUGUAACAUUAUACUGUACAAAACGACCGGCUAUUGAAUCUCCAACUCGUGUGACAUUUGAACUUUUAAGAUAUUUCAAUCGGUUUUUUUUCUUCUUUGUAAAAAUUAAAUACAAUUUACAAAAACGAUUAUCGUUAAACGCUCUUGGGCAUUGCGGUAUUAUAAUUAAACCACGUGCAGUGUUUUUCUCACCUGUGAGCGCUAAAUUUUAAUAGUUUCCUAGUAAAAAAAAAAAUAAAAAAAAAAACUUUAUCUGCGUGUCUCGAUUAUUAUAUUAUUAAUAUUGACGGUAAAUCACCGUAGCUGCAGCAGACGUUGAAUCGCGGUCGCGAUAACGAAAUAAAAAAAAAAAAAAAAAAAAAAAACACCACGAUGAUAAUAAUACUGUUUAUAAUUAAUAAAUUUUUUUUUUUUUUUUUGAAAUUCGGAACGGACCGAUAUCAAUGUGUACUGUUAAUUGAUAAGGACGAAUAUAUACGUAUAUGUAUAUGUAUAUCGCGUAAACGUCAAAACUAACCAUUGUAAUGUACGGCUGUGAAUGAUAUUUUUGUAACGGAGAUUAUUGUUUGUUGUUUAACUCGGUACUGCCGAUGUGCCGGGACAAUUCGUUAUUUCGCCGAUACCCACUGCCGCGUGAUUACUGUUAAGCGGGGGUAGAGUUCGAAACGAUAAGAAAUAUUACUGUACGUUAUUGCCGUUGUAUGUAUAUAUAUAUUAUGUUGAAUAAAAAGAGAAUAAAAAAAAAAAACAAAAAAAUGUUACCACAAUGUUGUAUGUUUCGUAGUUUUUAAGGCCGCGGUAGACGCACAGAGUAUACGCCAAUCGUUUUGUCCGUGCGGGACAUUAAUUUGCAUUAGCUGUUUGUGUUUAUCGACACGGGCGGACACGUGAUCGCGUCGCACACGACAAUGACAAUUACCAUUUGUACGACGAACUCGGUUCGGCCGUAACGAGCGUUGUAAUACUUUAACCCACGUGUAACACUGUGAUAAUUGUGCUUGUUGGCCGGGGCAGGCACGUACCGCGGAAAACAAAAAAUUCGGGGCGGGGAGUUCGUGAAAAAUCGAUACAACCAAACCGACAUUACCAACGUUAUCAAUAUUUAUAAAAAAAUGAAAUAUUAAAUCUAUAUCAAUAUACGUUUCGCCAAUGGACUUUCCUUAAACCAUUCGUUUUCUGAACGCCGACCCCUCCUCGCCCUGUAUACGUGCCUGGGUCGAGCUAGUCACUGGUCUUGUACGUUUUACGAACUGUGACGAUAUAGCGCUAUACUGCUUUGUAUUGUAUGUGUUUGUUAUUUUUUUUUUUCUCGAUAAAUAAACGUGUUAUUAUCAUUAAAUUUCGAUUUUUAAUAUUCGCGUCGUACACAGUCCGGGUACCCGGCUGCGCGUCAUUAGCACCGUUAAGCGUGUUACGACGUCAUGUCCAAUUGAAAUCCGUAAAACGGACGGUUCGAAAUCCGGAAAUACCCACUAACACCCGGCGGCGUACCGAUAGGACGGCCCGGCGGACAACGAAUAUCCCCCGGGUCUGGGGCUUUACACCGAGCUGGUAGACAGACCGAAGAACACGGGCGAUUACUGUUUUUUUUUGCCUAUCGAGUAGUACGAGGCGCGCGGACACGGUGUACACGGCGAAACGGGCGACGGCCUUUUGUUCUCGCGCCGAUCUGUGUGAAUUGAUUUCCGAACGGGUAUUGUGCGUUCGGCCGUUUUGCCGCGAGCAACAGAAACGCCCGUGCGCACACAGUAGACAGUGCUCGACGAGAACGACGAUAUCCAAAACAGUGCAGUGCACCCCAACAGUAUCGACUUUAAAAUGCUCCGAGAGCGUUUUUCGGUAACCGCGCGGUAACGGAUAGGGUAGAAUCGGACAGGAUCCACCGGAACCGGCAGCGACGACAAGAACAUCGCGUUUGCGCGAUAUUUUUCAUCGGCGUUUUUUUUAAAUUGUCAUUAUUGGUAUAACCAUACACUCGCGCACCGGGCGAAAACCGCAUGUAGAAACGGCUCGGGGACAGUGGACGGACACGCCCAGCCGCAACAACCGACACCCCGCCGUACACACGGUACACGCACGCCUGCCCCCGGACCGGGCGCCGUUUCAAGUGUACGCGCGUCCAGCGUGCGACCGUCCCGCGGCAAGAGCGACCGGGGCGCGGGUCCGCGUUCCGCUGUGACGCGUCGAAAAUCGCGGGUACCGUGAACGUAAAGUAGAAAAAAAAACGACGACGACGACGAUUAUACCGCGGAAGACCGGCGGCGACGGAAAUCGGAUUGCGUGUAAAACGGCGAAGGACACGCGCGCAUCGGUGACGUUUUUCACCGUUCGUCCGGCGGCGGCGUUUUCGCGUCGAAAAAUAAAAAAACCAUGUAAAAACAAACACUUUUGGUCCCGUCGAAAACCUCGACGCGCGCGUUGCAACAACGCGACCUGAACGCAAAAAUAUCGCUACGUUCCGGGCGGCCGUGUCGAAUCUCCCCGCGCGAAAGCACUCGGAACGCUUCGGAAACGCAUUAAUUAUUAAUCAUUAACGCGAACCGUAUAUCAUAUUUUUAUUGUUUUUUUUUUUUUUUUUUUCCCCCGCGAUCGUUAAAAGCACUCCGCGUUUAAUGCGGCGCGUUAAUUAGAGACCGGCGAGGGGCGGGCAACGCGAAUUUUUCGCAUUCGUGUUCGCCUGAAAAAAACGUGCGCCCAGUCGGAUAAAAAAAAAAAAAAAAAAAAAAAAAAACGAAAACCUAAUCGAAACCCGUUUUUUCCAUAAUGCGUUCCGCUUUUGAGUUCGGGUCGGUUCGGGACGGUCGUAGCGGCGCGUUAUUAACGACGCUCCACUAUGCCGUCUCCUCCGGCCCAAACUCAAAAGUGGAAUGUCAGCGGAUCGAGGGAACCGAAAAUUUCAACGCUACAAUUGUAUUUCGACUGAUACUAUUUAUGGAAUUUGUGCAAUGUGCAAGUUGCCAUUCGAAAACCCGAGUAUAAUGGCUCAGCCCCCGGAAACGAGGGUGACGAAAGAAAAAAUAAUACGAAUAUAAAAUUGUAGAGCAGUUUGUUUCCGAAAUGUUCUGGAAAACGAAUUCCGGGAGAGGUCAAUGCCUUCCGCGAUAGCGAGUGUACCCCCCCCCCCCACAUAUCGCUAAUCCACUUGCACGCAAUGGUGUAUUAUUAUUAUUAUUGCGGAUUUUAUUUCGCUCGCUUUAUCGAAAUGUUUUCCACCGUGCUUGAUAACCGCACCUAACCGCACAUAACCGUCAUCGUCUGGGCUCGGGGCUUUACGCUUUUGAAAUCCGCAUAAAAGCGUUUGGAAACGUCGAAAGAACCUCGAAAAAAAAAAAAAAUGUUUAAAAUCAAAAACGACAGGGGGCUCAGAGGGGUUUGAAAUUUCCACCCCCGCCCUGUGACUCUAACCUUUAAAAGAAAUUUUCUAACACUGCAAAAGCGAUCAACGCACAAAAUAUUUGUUUUGCAAUACUUGCAAUUGUUUUAUUUAAAAACUUAAGUGUAUCCAAUCGUUUUCGUAGUAUUCGAAAAUUAUAUUCUAUGGGUCAGAGCCAUCAGAGGGCGGUCUCAAAAAGAAAUAUUAUCAUUUUUUUCAUUUUUUUUUUUUAAAUGCGUUUUCAAUCGCUUGUUUGUGGAUUUUAAGCGCAUACAUUACCGAGACCUGCUGGUCAUCGUCAUAUCGCAGCACCCCAGUAAUCAGUGGAUGCAUUAUAAUACAUUGUUUUUGUACUAUAUCGUGUUUGUCGGACGAGCAGUUAGCCAAAGACUACGGGAUGGACCUACUGUUGAUCGGCCGAAAUCCGGAAAAGCUAAAGGCCGUGACCGAACUUAUAAGUAAGUGGAAACAACAAGCCGAAAUAGAAUGAACGCGCGCGAACCGACUGUAGCCGUAACGUGUCCGGCGCAGUGACGUGCGCCGGGCGGUGGGAGGAGGGGAGGGGGCAGACUGAGGGGCAAUAAAUUCGAGAGCAAUUGACCGUCGGUUGAUGCACAACAAUAAUCCGGUCGAGUCACGAUGAAAACGGUGUCGAUUGUAAACCGGCUUCUCUCGGGGUCCGGCUUUUCGGUACACCAGCACGGGCCGUCGGACGGGCUGCAGUGCGGAUCGUGCAAAAUGCGUCGCCGGCGUUAACACUGAAACGGACUAAUAAAUCACCGGAGCCCCCCGAGCGCAGGCACGCGCGUAAUUCAUAAAGGAAUCCGGUAAUAACGAUAAUAAUAUGUAUACGGAAAAUCGUUAUAUUUUUUUUAUUUUUUUUUACGAAACGAGUCGUUAAAAUCAUUUCGGACUGCGGAAUUCGCUAAGGAUUUGACGAAUUUUAUCGAAACUGAACAAAUUCCAAUACAUUUGUGCGGGUGGGGAGCGGGUACUUUUGGUUCGCGACGGGUAGGCGGUUGAGCGGAAAAUUCGUAUCGGUGAUCUAAGGUGAAAAUACUCGGAGCUCGCCACUGGCUGUACCGCUCUUCGUUACGCGCCAGCAACGUCGACGUUUUAUUUUGUUCAUUGUACUCCGGCAUGCGGGCGGUUUUCGUUAAGAACGCAUUGAUUUUAGAGAAAACGCCGGAAAUUCGAAUUUCGGUAAAAAAAAAAAAAAAAAAAUUAUAAAUAUAUAUACGAGGGCUAAUCAAAAAGUAUCGAGACUGAUAAUAUUACUCGGAAACCGAGCGUUGAAGAGCAAAACGAUUUGUAAACCUAGCUUCUAUGACUUAUACUGAGCACAUCCAUUCGUAUAAAAUCUUUAUAAACUUCUUUUUGAUUUGACGAUAUUUUUCUAAAAUUUGUUUUUCACGCUCGGCGAUUCAGUAAUGAAUCCAAAAGAAGCGGAACUCGCUGCCACUCGAGGGCACAUUUUCAGUUUUUCAAUUGACAUUUAAUGGCAAAAACCAUGAAAUGUUGCAUCCCACUGAAACUGGAAAAAAAUGCAGACAAAUUUUUUUUAAAAUCUCCAAAUCUGUCAAGUUACUCUUCUUCUGGGUUUAUUACGAAAUCGCCAAACUCGAAAAAUAUAUUCUACAAAAAUGUCAGCGAAAUCAAACCGAAGAAUUUUAUAGAGAAGCAAUAAAAACAAAUGUACACAGAAAAAGUCAUAGAAGCAAGUGAUACCAAUCCUACCGCUUUUCGAUGCUCCUUUUCCGAAUGACACUACCAGUCUUGAUACUUUUUGAUUAGCCCUCGUACAUAUAAUACACGCGCGUAAUACUUUUACGCGGAGGGUGGAGGGGCGCGUAAAUACGGUACGACCCGUAGACACUGCGGGCCGUGCAGAGAUUUCCGUUGUUUGCCGACGCAAGAACGGCGCCCGCAAAAGCGUUUUCAAAUAUUUAUCGUUUUUCCGGAUAAGCGCGCCGUUUCCCCGCACGAUAAACCGUUUGACGUUUGCGCUCGCCGUACGAGAGCAAACAGAGUUUGUUUGUUCGCCACGAAGUUCGGGACGUUUCGGCUGUUUCGUAAUAUCCCGAGGACCGAGUCACGUAAUAGAUAUUUCGUUACUCGGGUUGAUAAUAAAUUACGCGUAAACACUAUGAUCUAUUAUGUUCGGCUCUAUCGGUUUAACCGAGACGCCGGCCACUGUUCAUUUAUGUUGUUCGCCCAUUACGGAAAACGCAUUUUCGUCUAGCGAAAGGGGCGACCGUUUCCCGCCCGGUAUCCGGCGCGCGCGGUCCGCGAAAAACGUCUCGGCUCCCGGCCGGUUUUCGCUGGAAGACGUAAAACGCCGCAAUAACACGGGUGUCCGAUACGUUGUCGCAGGUUUUUGUUUUCCGGCGAUUCCCCAGUCGGUCGGUGGAAAAAAACGACCAAUCGUAUUGUGUACACUGUACACCAUAAUCAUUUAACGGUACCACCGAGCUCCUUCCAGAAUAGUUUUUCGAUUGCGAGCGGUCGCAGUUACCCGUGCGAAACUGUCCCCGUCCGCACACCCAAUGGGCCGGCGUGACCCACGGCGCGAAACGUGGCCGGCGGUUUUUUUCCAUUCCGAGUGAAGCGAACAAUUUAUCGGUUUUUCAAGUACGUCUGUUGUUUUAAUUUUUUUUUCAUACUGUGUACGAACAAUCUUGCUCCUCCGAAGUAUCAAGCGUAGCGCCUUUUCUGAAUGGGAUUUUUCCUGGGGGCGGUACUUUAGGACGGUCAUUUUUUUUAUUGAAAUUGUCCGAAAUGCGAGUAUUAGUGAAAAAAAAAAAAAUAAUAAAAAUAUUACGGCCUUUUUUCCCCGUGAACAACUUCUCAACCGGCAAUCCCGCUCCGAUUUACCGUGAUAGCGCUUUUUCUGAAACGGCGCCUUACGGAGGUCUCGUUUUUCCACCCACAACAGUAGCGUACCCGGUGCGUACGGUGUGAAAUAUGGCCGGCUGGUUUUACUCUCGCGUUCACCGCAAAAACUUUUACACUAUAUAUCGGUAUUAUACUUAUAAUACGACAUUCGGAAUAAUCUCUGUACGGCGCAUUUGAAUAGUUUGUACUUUUUUUCCGUUUUAAAAGAAAAUGUCAAUGUUCUCGUCCCUUUUUAAACCCCUCGGGUGACGUCUGGCCCCGGUGCCGUGACCCAGGCGUUUGGCGGCGACACGGACGACCGUCAAGAAAUUAGACGCUACGCUUGUAAUUUAUUUAUAAAACAAUUGUUUUUUUUUUUUUUUUUUUGAGAACAUAUUUAAUUCGGUAUUUACAAGAUUCAGAAAAAUGAUUUGUCAAACUCGCGUGCGUUUCGUUUGUUUUACCGAUAUAGCGAAAUAACGUAACGCGGUUAUAACAAAAACGAUAAUUCGAUUAUUGUUGAAUGUUGAUGAGCGUGUUUACCGAUCGUUCGACAGUACACUGCCGGUCGACCUCAGAAAACCUACGAAAAAUACGCGAGUAAAGUGGAGGGGAACCGCUUCUUCUGUUGCCGCACAGGUAGCCGAAAUCCAAUCGGAUUUCGCGCAGCUGAAACGUCGUCCGCUUCCGCGGUAACGGUUUUUUUCCAUACAGAUCGACGAAUGUUUGCUCAUUUUUUUUUUUUUUUUUUCCGAGCCCGCAACAAGAUGAAAUAAAUCAACGACUGUUCUUAAUCGCCUUAAAAGCGCGUUGCGAAACGAGACGGUAAUCGGAGAAAAGUGCUCACCACUGCUCGCACGCGUAUUAAAAAUAUACGUAUUUGAUUACACUACAAGACAUUUCAAUUGAUUCUUCUAUUAAUACGGAAACAUUUAAAAAUUUAAAUUUUUAACGUCUUUGUUUACUAUACACGUUUGAUUAAGAGCAUUUUUCGUUACAAUCAAAAAAAUAUAUCAAAUGACUGUGCAAACGUCACGCCAAGAGGAUUACUGACAACAGCAUAGAAAUGUCACAAAAUAGAACGGAUUAAUAGUGAAAUUACUAGCUUUGCUCGAUUCUGAGGUGAAAUCACUUAUCGUAGAGCAAGGAAACUUAUCAAUAUCUUAUAUAAUUAUAAAAAAACAACAACAACAAAAAUUAAAUUAAAUUCACUAGGGAAUAUGAUAACAAAAACUAAAAAAAAAAAAAAAAACUGUUAUAUGAUUUUAGAUUCUAGGUGCCGACUAAUUAUUUAGGACCGCCCAAAGUAUCGGGUCCCUUUUGUGUAAAAUAUAAUAGUUUUUUUAGAAAUCGCUUGAAAAAAAAAAAAAGUAAUAAUCAAAUAUUCGUUAGCGGAUGAAAACGUUGGAAAAACAGUAUAGUUAACGGACAAUAAUUUAUUGAACUUAGCGUUUAGUGCGUGCGCCGUAAAAACAAAACCGAUACUGUACGGAACCCAUCGGACGGUUUAGCUUAACAAGUUGCCUAUCGAUAAAUGCUGAAGGGGCGCGCAACGCUGUGUCGCCAAAAGCGGGUGGAAAAAAAAUGAUAUCUGCGGCACUGCGUCUAACUCGUUUCGAACAUUCGGAACAAGUCAUACGAAUAUAACGACAUUGAAUUCGAAACUCUGUUCGGAAACUUUGGUUUUUCAAAAAAAAAAAACAUUUUACAGAACGCAUACGGUUCGUGCGGUGUCAAUUAUUUUAUCGCGUAUUCGGAAAGACGUCUUAGUGUACGCGGGGUUUUUUUUUUCAUAACGAGAUGCUACUUAAAGUUUUUUUUUUUUUUUAUUCACACAAACGAUGCAUUAUUACAGUUUUCACGUGUUCGAACGCGAAACGCCUACACUCGCUAACGAGCGAACACGUAUUGUUCGUGCGAAAACCGUUUUAACGAAAUAAUUGGUGUUCCGACGCGCGUUAGAAAUCGCACGCCAAUUAAACGGAUCAUUUCGGUUUUAAGGGCGGCGCCCUAUACCGCGGUUGCGUCCCCGCCCAAGUUUUUUUUGAUUUUCCCGUAACCGGGACCGGGAUGAAAACGCGAUUUUCGUUCGUCCGCGACAAUACGGGUCUACACUUGCGUGACCAUAAAAUAAACAAUUCGGACGUGGUGCAAGCACAGUGUAUAAUAAGCGCACCCGACUGUAAUUAUUAAUAGUUUACAAAAUCAAAAUCCAAUGGUCAGCUGUGUAUAGGUUUUCGAAUACCCGCACAUUAAAUACCGCAUAGACAAAGACGAUUUUGUUUUCUUGAUAGCGGCUGAUCAAUUUCUCCUACCGUUUUUUUUUUUUUUUUUUUUUGUUUUUUUUGUUUUUCUGUACUUCAGCGCCGAACCGAUUGCGUCCAGCGAGUAUAAUUAAUGAAUUGUCUUUCGACAGAACAUUGUAACGCUUAUUUGUCAUUACCAGAGAAAAACGGGACAAAAUGCGUGCCGUAUAACCUUUUGGCGCGUAUCUACUGCCCGGCCCGUACAUUAUCGUCGUAUUAAUAACCGGCGGUCCAACGGCAAACGCAUAAUAUUCCGACUAGAAUGUACGCGAGAUUCGCUCGGAAAAAACAACACCGUUGUCUAUUUCGCGACAACCGCGGAACGUGUUCAAUCUCCGAAAAUCGCUCCGUAGGGCGCUUAAUUAUUUUUAUUUUGGUGUUUUGCACGGACACGUUUUCCGUACGAAAUUCACGGCAACGCAAACAUCAUACACGGUGCGAUGUUACUGAAUUAUUGUAGCGUCGCGCAAUUAGGAACAAUAUACGGGGUUGCGUGUAGGCAAUUUAACGAGCGCCAACGUCUACCGCGAUAACGGCGAUCGCGAUAAUAAACAUUACGUACGGUACGCAAAUUUGCGUCUAAACGAAAAUAACAGUAUAUCUUUUGAUUUAAACGCGGUACUUUGUUGUACGUUUUUUUUUCCAAAGUCGAAUUACAAUAGCGAUUAAUUAUAAACAGCAUAACUAAUCAUAACUGUUUCAGAACGAAAAAAAUAAAAUGUCAUCCAAAAGUUACAUGGACUGUUAAUUUUCAUUUUCACACGUCUAGAACCAUUGGGAGCUGUGUAUUACAAAUAUCUCCGCUGUUCAGUACACAUUAGUCGUUCUGUGUUGAUUUAAUAAUAAUAAUAAUUUUCAAAUCGGAUUCGUAAAAAUGUUGUUCGUCGUAAACAAACCGUACACAACCAUUGUGGUAACCAGUGGACUCUUCGGUCGCCGCAUACCGUGUAAAGUUGGUACAACAGAGAUGUUCCGUCCGCGUAAAUGUUGUUAUCAGCGCGGGAAAUAGCGACUAUUCGGUCCGGCGGCGUAUUCACCGCGGCGGGAGGGUAGGGGGUAUUAGGAAAAUAUUAUACCUCCUAUCUGGACCUCUUUAAAUUUCAACAUCCAUUACUCUCGUAUUCGCGAAUUUCAAAUCUCUUUGCUCUUCAAUCGGAAAAAUUCGACAGAUCAAUUGAUCAACUUAACUAUGAAAAGUAAAUAGUUUUCAAUAAUAAUUAUUUGUACGCAUAGCUGUUCGAUUACGGUUCGUAUUUCAGCCCACGGUUCGAAUUACAAACCGUACCUAUACAAACGUAAUCAAUAUAAAUUGCAUAUUUAUUUUACUUUUCUUCCGGAAUAUCCAAUAACUCUCUCUAUCCCUCGCUCUCUCGCUCUCUCUCUCUCUCUCUCUCUCUCUCGUUGGUAAAAUCCUAAUUAUUGCGCCCGCCGAUCGAGUGUCUACCCGCUACAUAACGCCGUUAUUAUAAUGUUGCGCUUUUGCGUACGUGUACGUCCCGGGCACGUACGCCGCGACGGAUGUUAUUGCCACUGUUUCCUUUGAAGCCGUUAGCGGGAAUUGUGCAUUUCAAACACACUCCGGUCGCCGCGGAAAAUCCGAAAUAUCGCCUCGGAAUACUCGCCGGGAACGCGGUACACAAAGGUCGUACAGCACGAGUACGACGCAGACGCAUUUUCAUUUCCGACCGCCGUACAUCACACGAUAAUAGCCGUGCGUAUGUUAUCCGCGCGGAACAAACGGAUUCGUUUCCUCCGGUCGUUUGUGUUCGCGUCGGCGUUUCGAUUCCGCGUAAACGUUCGAUUAUAUACGAUUCGGCCCGGAGGCGGGGGCGUACAACGGUAAAACGCGUCUCCCGCGCGGUUUUAACGGUCGAUUAAUUGCCUUGAGGACCGAACAAACAGUCCUCCGGCUGCGGGAUCAAUAUUGUUUCUGGACGCUAUUAUUAUUCGGUCGGUUUUUCGGUUACGGUACGUGGAACAAUAAUAACGUCGUACAAACACGACGGACGUCGUUGCAAUCGUCCUGCGGGCCGGACGUUAAGGAAACGCACGUCAAUAUAAUCCCGGCCGUCGUCGUCGUCACCGCGCGACCGCCCGCAGCCGUGUACGUUUUUCCUGUUUGAACGAUCAAUUGACAUAAUUCUCCGCGGUCCGAAAUAAAUGAAAUACAAAUACCUAUACAAUAGACGGCGGUCGGAAAGUUCGUUUUGAAAAAAAAAAAACAAAACGAAUGCGUUCGCCGUUUGUCUCGUUAAAAACGAAUUAGGAAAAGAGAUUUAUAAUUCCGUAGCUAGUUCUUCGAGUAAUAAUAAUAAUAAUAAAAAAAACCCUCGACGAUUUCUAUUGCGUUUAAAUUAAAUUAAAUUUUUAUUUUUCAGUUUCCGAGCCGUGCGAGGAAUGUACCGGUUUUAUAAUGAUGUUUGUUUUUUUUUUUUUUUUCUGUAGACAACUUUUCUACUAGCUAUCUUGCUCCGAUUUUCAACGAUAACGAUUUUUCUAAAAGAAAACUGGACUGUAGAGGCACUUACAAAUGAUAAAACAGAUUUAAUAUGAAACAAAUAUUAUUAAAGAAAAUGUUAAAUGCAUAUGUAUUAUUAUUUUACCGCAGUAUGACAAAUACAUAGUUGACGAAGCAAUACUAUCAACCGAACUCCGCUCAGAAUCGUUUGUCCGUCGGCAAUGGUUAAUCGUUGCUUGCAGUGAUACACUAAAUUUCUCAUAACGGUGGCUGCGUCCGUCCCCAUUAUCCUAGGACAGCUUUUUAAUAAUAUUUUAAGCGUCGACCUGCAGUGACGUAAAACGGUCACAAUUUCUGGCGAUGCGAUGGAAACGCACUGUUUAAUAUUUCAACCCACCGAUACAAAGUGGUGUUGCGAAAAGACAAGUGUGCUAUACAUCGCCCCGUACGUUUGUACGGGCCAAACGGAUUUAUCGAUUCACCAAUUCGCGCCACUGGAAUCGACUACGCGCGGUUAUUAGCCGGCGGACGAAUGCAUUUGUGACGUUAUUACGUUAAUUAUUUGUGUUUGCUGUUAAAACGAUUGGGGAGGGGGGGGGAAAGAAUACGAAACAACAAAAACUAAAUACAUCCGUACACGAGGUUUGCUGACCGAAUCGAUUCGAGUUGCAGAGUUUAUCCCCGCCGAUGGAAUCGUUUAUUGUUCCGGACGUUUCUGGAGCGGUUGCGCGAGCGUUUCGUGUGGCGUUUCUGGAAGUUUCGGUUUCGCUCGAGGUGAACGCGUUUGACCGGAUUGCAUGAGGAUUGGCAUGAGGUACGCGGGGUCUUCCUUGCCCGCCAGGUGACCGUGGGCCGUGCGAGUGUGGCCGGACGGCUCGAAAUAACCUCGUCGCCAUUCCGGUCGUCACGUGAGAUUCGCGCCGCGAUUAAUAAUACGUUGAACGCUCGAUCUCUCCGUGUUUGUUAUUUUUUUCUUUUUCCUCGGACCGAUAUCGACUCCGUAAACGGCUCUUUCACGGGGGACGUCGGGACGCCCGGGGUUCUAUUAUUGUUAUUUUCCACCGUCGGAAAUUAAAAUAUAAUUUUUUUAAUACAAGUGGAAAAAACAAUAAUAAUAGUUUAACGGAAAAUGUUUAAUUUCCGGAUUGGCACGGCCGUAACAAAUAAACAGAUCCAAUACACGAAAACGUCAAAAACAAAAAACAAGUAACAGUUAUUUUACGAUAUCUUAUAUUGAAUAUUUAAUAACUGCUGUUGUUCGCGCGGCUGUCAAAGGCCUGCAGCGCGACUCUUGCAGCAAUCUUUCAACUGUAUUCGACGGCUUGCGUCUCUAUAUUGUCGAGACUUGCCAUUCGUUUUUUUUUUUUUCGGUUCUUUACAACGUACUGUACAGCGGCUACCGGACGUUUGAUAUUUUCAUAAGCCAUAGACGCGCGAACUUGUAAACGGAUUUCGAAUUGAAAUGUACAAUUCGCCGCCCGGAGUACACGGAACGGACGGAUUAUAUUAUAUUUAAAUUGUACACGAUAAAUAUAUUAUAUACUAGAAAAUAAAAAAAGCGCGCAAAGGAUUUUGUAUUGUGCGCGUUUACGUAUUUCGUUUCGUUUAUUCCUGACGUUUAACCGCCAACGGUUUCGCCGAAAAGCGAACGGAAUCGACGGGACCGAUAGUUUUUUUUUUUGCUCCGAAUCCCAUUUCUUCCCACGAAUACGCGUAGUACACAAUAAUACAGGGUAAUCACGCCCACGUCGACGUCGUCGCUCGCGUGGGUUGACAGUUUUUCCGAGCGGAUUUCUAAACGUACAUUUCUUUAAAUCGAAAUGUACGCGCAAACGACGAACGGUAAUUUAGUGCGUAACGCGACAACGUAUAGAAACGUAAAAUAACAAAAGGCUUUCGUUUCGCCCCCUCCCCCUCCUCACCUCCCUCCGGCGGCUGCGGCGCCCGAUAAAAGAAAGCGGAAAAAGAAAAAAAAAGGAAAAAAGAACCGUACCGAACGAACGGACGGGGGAUAAAGAAAAAAAAAAAAAUAAAAAAAAAUACGAGUUUCGUAAAUCGACAACGCUGCAUAAUUCAGUAGGUGUUAACCGCCACCAUACGCGUUUCCUCUGAUUAAAUAUUGACGCGCACGGUUCGAAUGGGCGACAGUAAUAAUGGAAUGUAUCGAACGCCAUUCCGUACGCGUAUAUUAAAUCAAAGAUUUCCCCGCACGAUUCGACGACUCCGGCGCCGCAACGCCACGGAAACGUUAUCGUGCGCGAAAAAUCUUUUCGAACAAGUAAUCGCGAAAUAAAAUAACAGCAUAUCGACGGUGUUUUGUUAAAAGGGCGUCGUACCUGUACACGCUUAAAAAUCGAAAAAUACGUUUUCGGUGUCCGAAAACUCUCGGAAAAACUCAGUGGCGUACGCCCUGGUAAAAGCGCGCGUUUGAAUACAGACGAUUAAGUAAUAGCGUUCGAAUAAACUACAAACGCGCGGACGCCACUAGAGGAGUGCUAAGGGGUCUUUAGCGCAACACCCUCCCCCCCCCCCGAACUCGGAAACGUUUCGUUCGGAUGUCGGUCGCGAUACGUCAAAAUGCCAUUAAUUUGCGUAUAAUUCGCAUCGAAACACGUGUGUAGGUUCUCUUUCGGAACACCAACGUCAAUAUCACCGCGAGAUGUUAUUACUAUUAGGUACCACCAUUAGGUAAAAAAGCGUUUACGCCGACCGCCGUUACAACGGAACGUCUGGCGGGGCGACGAGCGGAUUGUCCCCUGUGCCCCCCCCUCCCGAAACGCCCCCAAACGCCGUCCCGUUCGUCGGAGAAUCUGGGUGUUUUUUUUUUUUCGUCGACAACGCGGGAGGUUAUCGCCACGCCGCACCGAAAAUGUUUUUCAACAGAUGUUUUCGAUCGUUUACGGCUUUACGCAGACCGAGUAAAACCGUUUUUUUUUUUAUUAAUUUUUUUUUUUUCCCCCCCGCAGGCUCAGAGACGAAGAAGAAGACGAGGAUUAUAUCGAUGACCAUCGCGCUUACCACUACGUGUGGCGCGCAAACGGAGAAUUCCAUCUCGUCCGGCGCACCGACAGAGCCGACAAACACUGGCCCUAUUAGACUUGAAUACCCGUGGUAUUCACGGCUCCGUGCCUUGAUCGAAGGCACGUUGCAGCCGGACGGGGGUAUCGGAGUCCUCGUCAACUGCGCCGGCGUAACCUAUCCGCACCCGGAAUAUUUUGCUUCUAUGAUGUCCGACGGGGUCAGCGACGUGAUGGACGACGACGACGGCGGCGGCGACGACGACGACGACGACGUGCCGUUCACCGCGGACUUUUGCGACAACGCCGACGCCGCGAUCAAGUGCAACGUCGCCGCGCCCGUCCAAAUGUGCCGCCUGGUGUUGCCGGGCAUGCUGGCCCGCGGCCGCGGCCUGAUCAUCAACGUGGGCAGCGCGUCCGCGUCCAUACCGCCGGCCGCGCCGCUGAUGGCCCUGUACGCCGCGACAAAGGUCGGUACACAUCACGCCCGGCCGUUUAUAACGCGCCAUGACCGCUGUUGUUGUUAAUAUUUAGGAACGUGUUGCGUUUAAAAGCCACAAAAAAAAGCGGUUAAAAACGUCGAAAAAAAAUCGCUUGAAAAAUGUCGGCAAAAAAAAAAAAAAUAAUAAUCAAAAACGGUAGAAGCGUUUAAAACGUAACAUCAACUUUAACGGUCCCGACUUAUUGUAUACCAUUCGCUAACGCUACACGAAUAAUUCGAACCCGGUCAUUUUUAUUUUAUUUUUUUUUUUCCAAUUAACAAAAUAAUCUUUUUGUUAAUCAAUCGUGUCGUGUCGGCAAAUCGUAUUUGAUAAUUUAGAGCCGCUAGACUGCAGCGGACCUUUAAUUCCAUCUACCGUCCCCAUAUUUUGUUUAUAUAAUAUUUUUUCGGAGUGCUUCGUUUCAGGACUGACGUUUAUAAGCGGUUUUUUUGUGUAUUUUUUUUUAAACGCAACAAGUCCCGAGCCUUGGUUAUUUUACUUGCGUACAGGUAUUCAUAUGGACCAUAUGGUGAAUAUUUAUUAAAAUUUAUUAUUAUUUUAUAUUAUAUACAAUAAAAUAUAGGUAUUACAAUCAAUAUCCAAGAUUUUUCUCAUGAAAUGUGAAAAACCGAAAAAAAAAAACGGGAAAAUCUAAGAAAUGUAGGCAUUAAUUUAAAUAUAUUACGAUUUUUUUUUUUUAUAGUCUGAGCACAACUUUUUCACUAGCAAUUUCGCUCCAAUUUAUUAUGAGAGUAUUAUUUCUAAAAGGAAAUCCGACUAGGGAGACGCUUCAGGGUGAUAAUUUUUUAAUUUUCUCAGGAGUUUUCCCAGCAAAUGUGAAAAACCGGGAACAUCGAUACAAAAUUAAACAAAUAUUUUAAAAGAAAAUAUAUAAAACCUAUUUAAUUGUUUUACUAUAAUAUGACAUAGAUAUUGUUGACGAAGCAUCGCUUUAUUAACUGAACUCCGCUCAGAAUCGUCUUUUCGUUGGCAAUGGUUUAACGUUUCUUACAGGUAUACACUAAUGAUUAUCAAUAACAGUGGCUGCACACGUCCCCAUUAUCCUAUUUGUUUUUGGCUACACGAUUAUUAUUUCUUAAAAAAUUCUACCGGACCCGAUGUUAGUUUGUACAUUUUCAAAGUAAUUUAUAAUUCGGUUGGCGUUCAGUUUUGAUAAAUUGUUUGGAAUAUUUACAUGAUUUUCGUUAGCAAAUCCAAUAUGAUGUAACCGCAAAGACCAACGGGGUAUUAUUAGGUUAUUGUUGGAAAUCGAAAUUUUAAUAAUAUAAUAAUCAAAUACAAACUAACCUAUUGAAAACACCGAUAAUAAUACUGAUUCAUAUGAGUGUUAUAAGAAUUAAUAUAAGAAAUUUUAAUUUAUUUUCCCUACACGUUUUGUUGCGAAUGUAUCAAUGUUGUUUCGUCAGAGCUCAAUGAAUCGGCAAAAUUAUGGUCAAUACUGAUAAAAGCUAAAACCUUGUGCUGGGAUAAAGUGCUUCUUGAAUAAUGUUUUAUUCAUUUUAAUUUCGAAAACGAACGCUCUGCACUAUUGUUGAUGCCGUCGGCGUCUCUCUGAUAACUAUCGAUAGCUAUAGCUGCGUGUACAACAUCAUUUUUUUUUUCUAUUCUCUGUAGUCUUACGGAAUUUGUGUUCACCUUCGAAAAGUUGGCGCCCCGGGCAGAUGCCCCUUCUCCCAAUAACUCGGUAAUGGGGUUACGGAGGUCCCAUUAUCCCUACGAGAGCACGGGGCCCAGUGCUCGCGUUACUUUAAGGCCGGUACUGGAUAGCCGAUCGCAUUUAGUCUAUUCCCCCGGUAAAUUGAAAACUAUUCGAACAAUAUUUCCGUGAAAAAAGCGAUUCGCGUAUCUUGGGAUUUCGUCCGUUCGAUUGCGAAAAUAACUAUUCGAAUAUGUCUGUUUUUCAUUUGUACGCCGUAGGAGAAAACCGUUCCGAUCGUUUUUCAAAAUAUUCGACAGUUUCGUCCGGACCGUUCGAAACAGCGCAUCGAUGUGGUAGGUCUUCUUGGCAGGGGAGGCGACAAUUUUCGAAAUCGAACCUCGCGUGAAAACCGUACGCACAAAACAGUCCACAUAUUUUCUGAGGGGGACUUGAGCCACUCUUUAUAUUUACCGCGGCUCGGUCGAGAUUUCUGGGGUUGGGGAGGGAUGAUUAAAAUCCUCCGAAGACCGCUCUCCUGUUUUGAGCCGACGCACAAAAUUAAUAUUACUAUACGUUACAGGGUUUAAUGUUUUGAAAAAAAAAAAAAAAACGUAUAUGUAAUAUGUUUUUUUUUUAAAAAAUUAUUUCGGCUGAAAUACUCGCAGGGGAAGCGGCCGCCUCUCCCGACUCCGCGUAAACAAUACGAUAAACAAUUAUUGCGUCGCCGGUACUGACGAUUUUCCGAUCGGCAGUAUUUUGUUUAUUAUUAUGCGUUACGCGUGGCAUAUUUUAAUUCAAUAAAACCGUCGCAAUGUUAUUAUUAUUAGCCGGAUAUUUUAAGGGGGUUUGAGGGGUAAAGCCAGCCGCGGAUUUGUGCGGAAUCGGGGUAAUUUCCGUACGCUCGCGAGUUAUUAUUAUUAUUGAACCCCGCACCCGAGAAAAUCGGAUUACGGUGGGAUUGUGAUUAGAUAAAAUAAAUGAAACUGGGUGGAACCGCGGAUACCGUCACGUUGUUUUAGGCCGGCGAUUAUAACGCCGUCGGCCGGCGGACCGAAACACAAAAUAAUACCGACCCGGCAGUUCGCACGUUUUAUUUGCCCCUGUGCAUCAGGACAACACCGUGUGUAGAGGUGGCCAAUUGUAAUUUUUAGAUUCUUAGUGUAGCGAAGAACGUAUUGGUUUUAUAAAGAUGUUUAUUUAUUAUUUUUUAUGUGAACACAUUCUACCACCAACCUUACUCCGAUGUAUACGACGACGUAGACCCUUUUCUGAAAUUUUCUUGUGGUGGUACUUGGGAUGGUACCUCUACAUCCCACCUUCCCAACUUCUCACCAACAUCAAUGGCUGCAUCCGUACCUAUUAUCCUAGGAGAGUUUUUUUUUUUUUUUAAUUUUCAGUAGCAGUAACAGUUGCUGCUGCUACUAAAGAAGAAGCGGUGAAAAUAACAGUGACUACUUCUUGUUCAUUAUUAACAUUAUUUCUCAUAUCUGAUAAGCGAUAACUGAUAACUGAUAAGUAGCCAUUAUUGCUAACCAAUAAAUAUCUAUAAAUCCAGGUAUCCAGUAAUCACUGACCUAUUAUACUGUUACCAUUGAACAACAUGCUAAUAUUAUCUCGUUCAGCCCUGCAGUAAUCAAUAUCCUCAUUGUAGUUUUUAUACAUGAUAAUUGAACAAAACUGAAAAAAAAAUAUCUAAAAAUAACAGGACCAUUUACGAAAAUAACGCUUUUAUUAUUUUGGAUUUUGUUUUUUUUUUUUUUUUUUUUUUUUUUGUUACAAGUCAGUUAAACAUAAUCGCAGGUCUCAACAUUUGGGCAAAAAACUCAUAUUUGCCUUUUCUAGACGCGGUGAAAUCUUUUUAAGCCACUUUCGAGCUAUUUGUAGAUAUUUCAAUUAAUUUCAGUUCAAACAGAAAUGCUUGAAAAUUUAAAAGGACGUUCGUUAUACUUCGUUAUAGUCGUACUUGGCGGCAAACGAGAAAAAAGUCGAGUUUAAUGUAGUUUUAGAUUCCGAGUGGAGUGAAAAAUGUAUUCGAUUGGACAAUGAUGUUUUGUGAUUUGAUUUCCCCGGGAGUUUUCCCGAUAAAUGGGAAAAAUCGAGGAAAACGUGUUAAAAAAGGUAGGAAAAAUGGGAAAAUAGAUACACCAUCAGAUAACAUUAAACAGAUAACAUUAAAGAAAAUACGUAUAAUUAAUAUGCCCACGAUUUGUAAUUGUUUCGCCGUGAUAUGACGUGUGUAUUGCGGACAAAGCAAUAGCGCUGUCGACCUAUAUUCCGUUCAGCAAUAGCAGCGGCCGCGCCAUCGGUCCCCGUUAUCGUAGGAUAGUGUUUUUGUUUUUUUUUUUGUCUAACGUCAAAUUCCGAUGGAAAUCGUAAAUAUUACGGGGCCUAUUCAACAAUAUGAUUACGAUACGCGCGCACGACCGGACUCCCCGCUCGGAAUCGUUUUUCGUUAACGACGAUCGACCGUCGCGCGCGCACACGCCGUGGACAUGCCCGCGAUAUCCCGUACCUAUACCCGCGGUGCGCAUCGCGCCCGUCCUUUUUUUUUCUAUUAUUAUUAUUGUUAUUGUUAUUAUUGUUAAUCCGUCACGUCCCUCUCGCGUCGUAAGCGCCCGGACCUCGAAUCGCGGGCGCCCUACUCCCUUACCGCGCGGGGCGUGACGCGUUUUUCUCCCCUCCGUCCGGGUUCUCCUCGCGUCCGUUAACGCGGCGGCGGCGGCAGCGACGGCGGCAGCGGACAUGUCGAACCCUCGGACCGAGAUUUUUUUUGUUUGUUUUUGUUUUUUUCCCUCCCGAGUGAUAUACGACACCGCGUUGCGUUUUGUUAUAUUGACAAACGUAUAGCUACGAUUUUGACGACGGAAAAAAAAUUAAAAAAAUCGCCGACGAAAACUGCAACCUUUAACGGCGUAAAAACGACGUGAACAAAUUGUCAAAAAAAAAAAAAAAAAAAAAAAACAAUAAACCGACCGAUCCCGAGUUUGUCCCGUCGACCGCCUUCCGUCCGACUCGCAUAGCUCGAAAUCUAAAAACAAAUAGUCAGAUAACAAAACAUUAUUAUGUGCAAAUUUUAAUUUUGGAAACUUCCUCAUUUCCCGUUUUCGUGCUACAGAAACGGCUUGAUGACAAUAAUAGUGGAUAAUCAUUUUUUUAGUACACUACACAUAGUAUAUCUGAGGACUAUUCACUUCUAUCAUCAUAUAGUGUCAUUUAAAAAUUAAAAUUGUAUUUUUAUUAAACGUAAUUCGUUGUAUUUAAAGUAAACUUUCUCCCCAAUUUAAAUAACCGAAUUUGAUUUUAAGUACUGUAGAUUUAUUAUAAAUGUACGUAACUCACGGGGGGGGGGCCAAACGAGAUGUCCAAGGCGCGGGGCUGUGUGUGCAACUCGUCCGGGCGUCCCGGAGCAUUUCCGACCGUUUUCCAACGUCCUAUCCUCUAAUCGCAUCUAUGAACGUACUCUUUCCUCCCGCAGCAUUCAAAGUUCCUCUCCGUUUGUGGGCUUUUUUCGGGUGUCCACUCGAUAUUGAAAUGUAAUAUUUUCGAAAUGAACGGUUUACGCUUUUUACUAAUCGGGCAAUUUAUAUGUUGACGCUGUUCCGGCUCUCGGACGUUCGUGCCGUCGGAUGUGUGAUGGGUAUCGUGUCCUACGUUUGUAUUGAUUUGAAAUUGUUCUGUUGGCGCAGAAAUUUCUGGAAAAGCUGUCGGCCGACCUGGACGACGAGUGCGUGUAUUUGUGCCGCGACAAGAACCCGUACGGCGUUCGCGUGCAGUGCGUGCGCCCCGCGUACGUGGCCACGGCCAUGCUGCGGUCCGCCAACCCGGAUAUCCGCGCGACGGACGACGAGUGCGAGGACGGCGAAGCGGACGACGCGGACGAUUACGGCGACAGGAACUGGUGGACGGCCCGCAAACGAAAUCUGUUGGACCGCGCCGAGCGCUGGCUAGUGCCGUCGGCCGACAAGUGGGUGCGAUCCGCGUUGCUUCAAGGCGGCCGUCUGUACGCGGCCGGUUCGGCGUCCGCCGGGCCCGCCAAUUUCACCGGGUACUGGCCGCACACGCUCAUGGUUCGUAUACUUGUAAAAUCGUUUCGCCAGCGGUUUACCGACGGCCAACCGUCGAAUCACCACGGUUUUUCCGAAGUUUACACGAAUCGUUAAUUAUUUCGUUGUCAUCGAUAUUAACUACUGUUCACCUGUAGUUAUUAUUAUUUUUUUUUUUUUUUCAAUUUCAACUCCUCCAUAACCAAUAUUUACAAUUAAAAUGUAACGUUUAACAGUUGAUGCAUACUCCCUAUAAGCAAUAGCUCGUGGUGAGAGUGGAGAGUCUAAUACAAUUAUGAAUUAAAUCCGAUAAUAAAGACGGGCGUUAGGCAAUAUUUCGAAAGGAUUGCGUAACAUAUCAUUUUUUAUCGUUGUUUUAAAUUUGAUAUCGUUAUCAAUUAAUCGGACAUUCACGGGCAAAAAUUACCCUAUCCCUCUAUUUAUAUAAUAAUUACCCAUAACAUAUGCAUUGGGUUUGAUUGAUCUUAAAUUUCCAUUAUACGUCCCUCUUGUAUUAUAUUGUAAUAUAUUUAAUUUUCGGAAUAAAGCAUCGAUAUUAUUUUUGGAAUUAUAAACAUUUUUUCGUUACUACUCCGAUGAGGAUUCUAUGAGUUAUAUCGAGUGGUUCCAAUUCAUUUGUAUAGAUAGAGCCCCAUACUAAUAUGCUGUACAUUAAUAUAGACUGAAAUAAUCCAAAAUAGACCGUUUUUACGUUCGGAAUGUCUAAGAUAUUUCGUAGCUCUUUAAAUACAUAAAAACAUUGUUCUAAACGUGUUAUUAGCAUGUUGAUAUGAGAUUUCCAUUUUAAUUGUUUGAAAUCGAUCGCACCUGAUAGUUUGAUUGAACAUACUCUAGUUACAUAAAAAACCAUUUGUAUUACAUUCGUUAAUUAUAACUGUAUUCUCGUAUUUAUUGCUAUUUAAUUUAAUUAUGAUUUGAUCUAGUGAGUAUUGACUAGACAACGCAAAUGGAAUAUUAUUUAUGAGGAAAUUAUCGGAGAGUCGGUUUACUGUAGUGGCAGAUGAAAACAAUCGAGACUAUCGUAAACUUCGAAAAAUCAUAGGAAAUAUGAAUAUCGAAGAACUCCGCGGUCAAUAAAUUCAUAAAAAAAAAAAAAAAAAACAUAUACAUAUAAUAAUAGUAUAACUACGAAAAUAAAUACGAAAUCGGGCUUCGAAAUAUUGAACAAAACGAAAGUACACAGCGAGAAUGCGUGCGAUUACGAUUUAAAAAUAAAAUACCGAACGAAAAUAUUAUUCACCCGACAAAACAUCAAACAACGAUAUUUUUUUACGUCAUAUAACAAUAUUUAUUUAUAAUAAAAAAAAACCAAGUACCCACAUUGAAGUGUAGUUCAGUGUAAAAAUCCCGUUUUGACUGUACGAAAGGUAGGGCAAAUACGGUAACGAUGACAUAGUAUAAUAUGCGGUAGAUUGGCGAAGGGAUUUCGGGCGUCACGAUUGGCGAACUGGCGAACAUGAAUGUAAGUUUGUAAGAAAAACCGCGUUAAAUCAGGGGCAUCGAUUUUUAAACGCCUGCUCUUUAGAGUUCUUACCCGGGAAUGAUUUAGGGAGAUUAAUACCCUCUAAAAAUGUCAAUAUUUUAUCGGUAUUAUUAGUUUUCAGUAUUUUUGGUACCCCCGUAGGAAAAUCAAUUUUUUUUUUUUUUUGUUGAUUUAUGGGUUAUUUUGACGACUCGGACGAAAAAAAAAACCACUAUCGUUAAUAAAUUCGGUUGUCACGGGCAAAACCGUUGAAACGAAAAAAAAAUCAAUCACCGGGCGACAACGGUUAACAGUGAUAAACUCCGAUAUAGGGUUAGAGUGUGGAAGCGAAUGAGUCGAGAGGGAAUACUUUUUAAUAUUUUUUAAACGUUUUUUCGUUCAACACUGCGCACACGGACAACGCUCGUUUAGACGGCUAGUAGGUAAGAAUAAUAUAUACGAAUAAUAUACGAAUAGUGUGCCGUAUAACCCCGAAGACUUGCGAGAAACAGUUUUUUUUUUUUUUUGUGUUGCUCAAAACAUUUUUUGAACAAUAAAAACAUAUAUAAAAUAACACACACAAUAAUUAUAACCAAACGCGUAAUGUUUUAUACGUGUUUUUCUCUUCAGAACAUAUUAUAGUAAUUUUAAUUGAAUUUUCGAACGUUUAAAACAUUUCGCGACCCUGCCUAUACUUACAGUUAUUUUUCCUCAUAGGACUUUUCUGUUACAUCCUGUUGAGCCAAUUUCGCAAUAUUGCGACUGUAAAGCAUUUACAGCGAUUAUUUAAAGAGUUAAAGAUGUCAUCCGGUGUACUAAUAUUUGUUUGGUAGAUACAAUAUUGUGUUUAAAUGCACGACGAACAGUGCGUCAGAAGCGGCCAUAAUAUUUAACAAUAACAUAAUCGUUUGUGAUUGGACGAGACGCACAGCUGCAUAAAUAUGACGAUGUAGUUUAGAAUUUUUAUUGUGGAAUAAUAAUGUUCGUUUAAUCCGUUAAAUAGAAACUUUUUUUUUUUUUUUUUUUAAUGGAAACUCUUUGGUUAGAUUAAAAUUUGUUAACGUAAAGAGUUUCGUUGAAUAAACAUCAAACUGUAUAAUAGUAUAGUAUGUGUAGAAAUUUAAAAUUACCGCAUUUUAUUUUUAGUGAACACUGAAUUUUUGUAAUAUAGUACCUAUAUUAAUAUGCUCUAUCAGAAUUUUCGAUCCGAGUCAAUUAAAAUGAUGAUUUUUUUUUUUUUUUUCAUUCGUCCAACUGCACUAUACCUACGUUAUUGAUAUUCACGUAUUAUAUUUUUGAUGUUUACGUCAUUUUUUUUUUUUUUUUUUUUUGCUAUAUAUACACAUGUUUUUACAUUACUUUUAUCUAAUUACAAUAUUAAUUCUCAAUUGAAAUAGGUAACAAUAUAGUAAAACUCAAAGUGCCUAUGAUAUUAAAUAUUUAUCAGAACAUUUUGAAAAGCGUAAACAGACUGAUCGCUUUUCAAAAUAAUUAUAACCUAGAUUGACAUUUAUAAAUUAUUAUUAUCUUACUAUCAAUUAUUUAUGCAUUUAUUUAUUCGUUUAUUUUUUUUUACACAAGACGUAUACAAUACACUUGUACAAUACGGGGUAAUAAAAUUUACUUCUCUAACAACGUGCAGAUAACAUUGUGUUUUACUUGGCACGUGUUGUAUUAUAUAUAUAUAUAUAUAUAUAUAUAUAUGAUAUUCAUACCUUAAUUUUGAUCCAAUUAUAACUGAUGAUUUUCGAAAUUCUAAAAGCGACAUUACUAUAAAAGUAUAAUAUUACUAUAAAAAAGGGGUUUUUUUUUUUUUUUAUAUAUAAUACGUUUUGAUGUUAUUUAUCGUAUAAUUCUACUUCUUACAACAACAAAAAAAAAUAAUAAUAAUAAUAAAACUGACAUUUUCAGAAGAACGCGGCGAACCUUAACGUUUAUUACGAAAGUUUUAAAACAUAGAAACGAAAAAUGUAUUUUUUUGUUACUAUACGACACGGUUUAUAUUUUAUUAUUGUACUGAAAACUUUUUAUUCCGUCGUUUUUAUUCUGAUCGUGACAAUCGGAUUGUUUUUUUUCUUCAAAAUUCGUGUACUCGACCAAAAACAAAUUACUAAACCGUAUUGUUUUAUGACUACGCAAUACAUUUUUAUAGUCGACCGGCGUACAAAAUAUAAUCUUUUAAAAGCAGGGGCGGACAGACUUGAGUGGCGAUCGCCGACCGGGCCCUUCUAUAUCGAUAAAUCCCUUAUACACGAUUUCAAGGUAUAAAAUGACUAAAUAAACGCUCGUAGUUGCUGUACUUUCAAACGAAAUGGAGGGGAUGGGAUAUAACACCUAAAUUUCCUUCUGCGUACGCCACCGACCUGAAUACAAUAACAUCAGUGACAUUGUGUUUUUAACCCGUAUUUUCGCUAUUGUUUCUGUGAACGGUAAUAUAUUUGUUUUGAAUUCGACCAAAUCAAUUAUGUCGAGUAUCUUCGUAGAAGAAUUGUGCCUGAAUACCGGAACACGGUCGAUUUUAUAAUCACGAACGAAAUCAUACGAUUUCGGAAACAUCGAUUAACUGAAUCGGGGCCGCUUAAAGUCCCUGAAUUCGUAUAAUAAUAUAGAUAAUAGCUAAUGAAUACGAAUGUCUUCCAUUGAUAAACUAUAUAAUUGAAAAAUAAUUUAUGUAUAGAAAAAAAAAAAAAACCCGUCUAAAUACAUUUAAAAAAAAAAUAUUUAAACAUACGUCAUUUACUCCGUACGCGGUGUCAGUAUGAUAAUAAUAAUAUUAACGGCGGACGGGGUUGAUUUUCUAUUUUUAUUUCCAGGUAUGGUUCGCUCGAUUGGCCAGCGCCGUGCUUCCGCGCGGUUGGUACGUCGAGAAGGUCCUCAUACCGGGCAUGUUAAAGUACCGGGCUAAGGGGCGGUCGGCUAUCAAGGCCGCGAAAAACAUCAAACGCGGAACCGGACAGUGAAGAUCAGGAAAUGGGUCGGGUCGUUAUCAUCGUAGCGGCGGAUAUUUCGGCGACGGCGUGCUACGUUGCAUUAUUCAACAUUAUAUUAUUAUUGCACUAUUAUAUUAUUCGCACUAUCGUAGAUAGAUUAAAUCACUUCGCACGUAAUAUUGCAUACAUUUAUAUACAAGAAAAUAGGUUUAAUUCUCUUAUCGCACUUUUUAUUAUAUACAUUUUAUUAGAAAUGUUUAAGAAUAGAAAAAACAAAAAAAAAUACUAUUAUUGUUCGAUAUAUAAAUUAUUGUAGAUUUAUAAUAUUCGCGUUAUACUAAAAUUAUAUUAUAUUAUUUUAUAGAUGUUCUAGUAUAGUUAUAAGAUAUAUAUAUAAGACGUUAUAAACGAUAUUGAUUUGUUAGAGAUACAUAUAUAUAUUAGUCAUUAAAUACGCGGCGCGUGAAAACCCGCGCGCGACGUUUUCCAUCUCCGGGUUGAAGAAUAGCCGUUGUAGUCGAUUUCAAAAACAUCGCGAUAAAAAAAAAAACGCCUCCCCGUACGCAGUUUAACGGCAUUCGUCGUUUAAACUUGCUGGCAACACCUUUACCCGAUGGAUUCGAUCUUGCAGGGAGGGAGGGAAAAAAUAAAGGUUAAGUUAUAGACAGCGGACCGGCGUAAUAUUUGAAUUCUUCAACUUUGGACGACUGUAUAAACGUACGCGCGGGUUAAUGGACGUUUCGGACGUCCAAUGAGAAUGGACGACGUGAGAUUGUUUUCGAUAAAUUUGAUAGUUUAAUUUUGGUUCGAAGUUUCAGAUUAAUUUUUUUCCUUAGAGUAUACCGGCCGAUUCUUUUAUCGUUACCCAUGAUUCGAAUUUCAUCAAUAUAUAUCCCAGUAUUGCGUUCCUUUACGCGUACCCAUGAAUAAUACACGACGAACUGUGUAUUGUAGGAGGGCGGAGAUUGCCGUUACUAUUAUUUUAACGCUAAACCCUCGGGAAAAGGUAUCUGUGAUUCGUUGAAAUGUGUACGUUGAUUUGUAUUAGAUAAUAUAUACACAGGGUGAUCUAUUCAAUACUCGUACGACCAUCCUACACUCGAUAUUUCGGAGAGUGUUAACUUUUUUCGGAAUCUAUUUGUUUGUUGAAAAUUUAAGAAACAAGCAGUUCUACAACUUAACAUCUAAAUAAUUUUUUGUCAUCUUAAUUUUUGGUGGUGAAACGCCUACUUACUUUUGAUUUUUGAACAUCAUAUUAUACUAAAAAUACCUUAAAAAGAUGGAGUAUUAGUUUUUAUAAAUGUUGGUGUUGAAAUUUUUGAUUUCCAUCAAUCCGUUAACUUGAUACUUCACUUUGAAGUAUGGGUCGGGGGUGAGUAGAACUAAUUGUUUUUCAAGUUCUCGAAAAAAAAUUUUUUCAAAAAUAGUCGGUACUUUUCAAAAUAACGAGUGUUUUAACGAUAAAAGAAUCACUAGGGAAAUUAAAACGGGAAAAAAACCUAAUCUGAACUUAAAUGUCACCAUUUCGGAUAGCAUGGUCGUGUUAUAUGAUGCUCUGCCACAUUAUAAUUAUGUUAUUCAUACUCUAUAAAUGUUAAAAAUAUAUAUUAUUAUAUCGCAAUACAUAAAACUGUAGAUGGAUAAAAACCACGAAACUAUUAUAAUUAUAUUAUAUAGAUUUUUAUUUAUUCGCGUUUUAUUUAGUUGUAAGGAUAAAAAUAUUUACGGUAUGUUAAUAUUUACGCGCGAGGACGAACACACCUUACGCGUAAAAAGUCGGACUUCACACGAAUGGUAAAAACGGCGAUUGUUUUCAAAUAAAUUAUAAUAAUACGUUAGGUUUUAUUUAGACUCGUUAUUAAAAUAAUAUGAAUAUUAUUUAUUAUAGUUAAUCGUUUGCAUUGAAUAUGUUUAAAAAAACGUUAUUAUUAAAGAUAUAUUAUAAUCUAUAUUAUUAUAUAGUCUAUGUGUGUUAAGAAAAAAAAAAAAAAUUUUUAAUUCUAUUAUUAAGUACAUCACGUACAUACAUUUUACUUCAAAACUAUUUAAAAAUAAAAUCUAAUAUUAUUAAUAUUAUAUAAUCCUCGAGCACCUUUUAAAAUUGUAUGUUUAAGUAUACGCACAGCUUUAAACGAAUAUUAAUUAAUCGCAUAAUAUUAUAUAAUAUACACUAUCAAUAAGUUAUACAAGUUAAGAAAAUCAUUCGUAUUAUACUCUAUAAAUGUUAAGAAAAAAAAAAAUUUCACUUUUACAAUAAUAUUCUCGCACAAAUAUUAUGCUUCGAAAUUAUCAAACAUAUAUAAUAUAUGUAUCCGGAUGAUUCUUUAAUCGUUUAAACAUUCAUUAAAAAAAUUUAAGAAACAAAUAGCUCUUAAAUUUUACAUUCACGAUAUUUUUUAUUUUUUAUUUCCAAAAAUUUUAACACCGAUAUUUAUUUCAACUAAUACUCCAUCAUUAUAUUGACCACGCAUUUUCAGUACAGUUUUGAAAAUCAAAAGUAAGUGGACGUUUCACCUUUAAAAAUAAGGGUUACAAAAAGUAAUGUGAAUGUAACAUUUUAGAACUAUUUGUUCCUUAAGUUUUCAAAAAAAAAAAAAAAAAAAAUAUAUAAAUAAUAUCAAAAACAGUCGAUACUUUUCGAAAUAAUGAACGUUUAACGAUAAAAAAAAAAAUCAUCCGGCACACGCUUAUGUACCGUAGUCGGCCGAAAGUUCUCACAGAUUGGAAGUACUGCAGUUCACCAGUACAAUAUUAAUUCGCAUAUCCGCAUUACACCUUGCGGAUAAAACAAAAAAAAAAAAAAACAAUUUUGAUUUUCCAUCGCUGUAUUCAAUAUUGUAAAAAAAACAACAUCGUACUUAUUAUACGUUUGAACAGAAUUUCCAUCUGUGGGCGACUCGUUCGGCGUUACUCUAAACUUACUCAUAUACUUACGCACAAUAAUAUAUGUGUUAUACAUUAUGUCGUUUGGUUAGCAAACUAUGACAUGUUGUUGAGAACUAGUGUUUCCAAUAUUAUUAUAUAUUGUAGUAGUACUACUAUGUGUAGUUGCACUCGUGUGCAUUAUAAAACUCUAUGUUAUAUAAUGUCAUACUUUAUCUCUACAUACUAUUAUAAUAAUAAUAUUAUAUACUUACAUACUUAUGCACUUAGUGCUUUAGGUUUGGCUAUAAGUCACUUUAUAAUAUAUUUAGCAAUACCGUAUGCGGUAUCUAUAUUUGUCUUUUCAUUAACUAUUAUGCAUUC